AUGGCUUCGGGCUCAGCGCAGCCCGCAUCGCAGCCUUCGUCCUCGAGUGAUUCCUCCAGUAGCAACGACCCCUCUCCCGAUCCGUCGGUCGAUCCCUCUUCGCUCCCGCAGGCUGUAAAGGCAAGGAAGGCUGAAUAUACCCAUCAACAGACGAUCCGUGUGAAAGUCGGCACCUGGAAUGUCGCUGCCAUUCCGGGCACCGAGAAUGACAUUGGGAAAUGGUUCAUACAGCGGGAAGGCGUAUGCGAGCAAAUAUCCGGGCUUCGGGUCUCUGACUCGCAAGAGCAAGCUAGUGUGAGGAAUAAUGAGCCUGGAAAUGGUGGAAGCCUAGCCGAGUUUGCGCCGGACAAGAUCGGCCUUUACGUCCUGGGGUUACAGGAGAUCGUGGAUGUCUCGUCGCCUGCGGAGGCCUUGAGACCCUUUGUUGACCCAGCACCGUCGAACCGCUGGAAAGCAGCGGUCCAGAAAGCACUGCCAGAAGGCUAUAAGCUUAUUGCAGAGACUCAGCUGGUGGGCUUGCUUCAAUUGGUAUAUGCGGCACCUUUCCUCGCCGAUCAAGUGUCGUUCGUUAGCUGCACCAGUGUGGGCACGGGCCUGUUGGGAUAUAUGGGCAACAAAGGUGCUGUUACAACUCGAUUAAUGUUGGGCGAAACGACAUGCGUGGUCUUCGUGAACUGUCACUUGGCGGCUGGAUCCGACAAGAAUAGUCUAGAACGACGGAAUUGGGAUGCCUCACAAAUUGUCGGUCGGACGAAGUUUGAGCCCAUCGACCCAAAUGUAGCGCUUCGCGAAGAACCCGUCAAGAGCAUAGGGAAGGAGGACUUUGCAUUUUGGUUUGGAGAUCUCAACUAUCGCCUGGAGGAUAUCCCAGGUGGUGACGUGCGACAAGUCCUAGCCCGGCAUACAGCAAAUGACUACGAUGAUAGACAUCAAUCCCAGACUGGACCGAAGGACAGCACUACAUCGCUGGAGGGCACGGAUGAAGCGCAGAAGCAGGACACAGACAGCCCCCUCCCAGCUGUUUCGGACGAGGAUGUGGAUCCUCACACCGACCCAGCGUCUCUGCAAACCACCAUAUCGUCACUACUGCCCCAUGACCAGCUUCGAAUGCAGCAGGAUAAGCGAAAAGCUUUCCAUGAUGGUUGGCGGGAGGGCCCGAUCACUUUCCUACCCACGUACAAGUAUGACGUGGGAAGUGUUGCUAGGUUUGACACAAGCGAGAAAAACCGAGGUCCCAGUUGGUGUGAUCGGAUACUGUAUCGGACUCGCCAGGACAGGAUGCGAUACGAAAGACUGGCCAAAGAAGCUGCGGAAGCCAGAAAACGCGACGAAGAAAUGAAAGCCCGGGGCUUGGAUAAGGCAGUGGCGGACGAUAGCGUCUUGUUUGAUUAUGACCCCGACGUCGACGGAGCGGACAGUGUGGAGGAAUACGAUCCAGAUAAAGAUUCCAACGGUGACGCCUCAUUAGAUCUGGACGACGAUGCGGAUAACUCACUGCAGCUUGAGUACUAUGUAUCGCAUCAAGGCAUCCUCUCCUCUGAUCAUAAGCCCUUAGCCGCAGCAUUUACGUUGACAUACGACUCGGUGGAUCCGCAGUUGAAAGCCAAGGUACACCAGGAGGUGGUUCGGGAGCUGGAUAAGGCGGAAAACGAAUCUCGGCCUGGACUCACAGUUGUGGUGGACCACCAUGGCAGUCAACCCACAAGUGAAGACCCCAAUGCCGUGAACUUUGGUGACGUCCCCUUCGAUGUGCCUGUCACCCGUACACUGACGGUCGCAAACACCAGCGGCGUGCCAGCAACUUUCACCCUAGAAAAGCCGGAGCAAGAUGUCUCAAACCACACGCCAUCCUGGCUGGACUACCGUAUCGACCAACCACAUCACUCCGACUCGGAGUCCGGCUCAAACCAGAAACCGCCGUCUCAUGAGUGUACCCUGCAUCCCGGGGAGAUUGCCAACAUUGAGGUCACAGCAUGCGUUCGAGACAUCGAACUGACUCGUUUACUGAACAGCGGGAAACUGAGUCUAGAGGAAAUUCUCGUCCUUCGGGUUGCGCAGGGCCGAGAUCACUUCAUCUCCGCUUACGGCAAAUGGCUGCCCACCUGUUUUGGCCGCUCACUACAGGAGCUAACCGUCAUGCCUGAAUCAGGUGCACGCAGCCUGGUCCCAGCCAAGGCACCCCAAGACCAGAAAGACACCCCAGGCGUGCCUUUGUCGGCCCCUCGGGAACUGUUUCGAUUGACCGAGGCCAUAUCCGAGAUAUCAGAACGUGCCAUUGCCGAGUGGAGCAUGACCAGGAGUGAGGCGGAAGAAGAUACACCACCAUGGAUGCGAGAGACCUCUGGGUUCGGAUGGCCCUUCGAGCCCGAGUCCUGGACUCUCCGCGAUCAAGAUGAACGAUCCCAUCUAUUAUCGCGUGCUCGCGAAGCACUCGACACCAACAAGGACUUCAACUCAGUGUUUGCCCCAGAGGUAACUUCACUCCAACGUCUCGAAAUCCUCAGCGAAACACUUCUCGCAUUCCUCGGGUCCCUGAAGGACGGUAUUGUCACUGCCGCCGUCUGGCAAGACCUCGACCAACAACUCCUCACUCGCGAAAAAACCAAACAACCCCCCUUAUCCUGGGAAGACUCGCAGGCCUGGGUCCUCGAAAGCCUCGCCUUCUCCCCCGUCCACAGCGUCUCCUUCACCUUCGUCACGUUCAUGUUAGCCCGCAUUGCCAACGAAGUCGCCCCUGCAUCCUCCAUCCCCAACAACACCAACACCAACACCCGCGGCCCCACGCCCAACCUUCUAAUCUCAUCAUCUGGCAACGAACCCCAACCAAACACAACCACCCAGAAGAACCCACCAGAAGAUACACCCCAGCCCGGUCCUGCCCCCGCCGCCUUCAUCCGCCGUAAAACACGCACCUUCACCUCAUCCAUCUCAAGCAUAGCAACCGAACAAUCCUCACUCAAUUCUACCCCCAGUCCAAUGGCCAUCCGUCGUCAAGCCGUGGAAACCGCUCUGGCAUCCAUAUUCUCAUCCGUCCUCAUAUCAUCGGACAUUACUGUCCCAUCAAAGGAGAAAGAUCGGCGUGCGCUAGAGGAAAGGAAACGGGGGAUCGUUGAGCCGUUUUUGAAGACGAUUGGGGUUGAUAAUAAGGGGCCUUCCGGGGGUGGUAUUUCCUGA